CCCGACCACCACCACCUCCAUCCAUCUACCACACAUCUCGGGUUUCUUUUAGACCCGUUUCUGUCGCAAUGGUGAAGAGAAAAUUGGGGGCCUUGGAAAAGGUCGAGGCUGACUUGCCUAAUCUCCAACAUAAAAUUCGACGGGACCCCAAGUCCUAUGUGGAGGACUUCCGCGCUCAACACUACCAGUAUGAGAGUCACCGAGAGAUCUUCAUGGCGGCGCCUGCGUCUGCGGCCGAUACGGGAAUUAUUUCGCUGCGAGAACUGAUCGAUUUCAUCGCUCAUGUGGCCGACUGCUACCCUGAAAUCACCAAGGACUUCCCUCAAGAGCUCAUCGACAUCUUGUCGCAACAUCACCAGGUGUUGGAACCGGAGCUGCGUGAAAAGAUCGUCGGAAGCCUGGUUCUUUUGAGGAAGAAGGACCUUCUUGAUUCGGCGACAUUGUUGCAAACACUUUUCCCGAUUCUCAUCACGACACCGAGCAAAACGCUCAGGGCACUCAUUUUCCAAAAGAUUCUGAUGGAUCUUCGCUCAUCUAACUCCAAGACGAUAAAUCACAAGCUUAAUCGGACCAUGCAAACCGUUCUCUUCAACUUGGUGACUUCGGAUCGAACCUCGUCCAAGGGCUUAUGGGCCAUCAAGCUCACCCGUGAACUGUGGAAGCGGCAGAUCUGGACGGACGCCAAAGCUGUUGAGGUUAUGAAAGAGGCUAGUCUUUCUGAAAACGAGAAGGUUAUCGUCGGCGGUGUUCGCUUUUUCCUGGGCGGCGACAAGGAGCGCGAAGACAUGGAAGAUGAAAGCAGUGACGAUGAAGCCGUUGACGUCGGUAAAAUCAAACACCAGGUUGGAAUCAACAAGAAGACGAGAAAGAAGUCUCGCGCAGUGGAAAAGGCGAAAGCGACGGUGAAGAGAAAGGAGCGCAAGAAGAAUCAGCCCCAUCCUCUGAACUUCUCUGCCCUCCACCUUCUACACGACCCUCAAGGCUACGCGGAGUCUUUGUUCUCGAAACACCUGCAGAAUACCAAGUCAAAGCUGAAUUUGGAGCAGAAGCUUCAAGUGCUUCAACUUGUUUCCCGGCUGGUUGGAUUGCAUAAGCUGCACAUCAUGCACCUUUACUCUUAUUUCCAGAAAUACCUUACCCCACGGCAGCCGUCCGUUACGUCAUUUUUGGCAUCUCUUGCGCAGGCUUCGCAUGACUUAAUUCCACCGGAUGACCUCGAGCCGUUGGUCCAGAAGAUUGCCAAUGAAUUCGUGUCGGAGGCCUCGGCGUCGGAAGUUGCUACGGCGGGUCUCAACGCCAUCCGAGAGGUUUGUGCACGACAGCCCCUGGCUAUGAACGAGACUUUGCUACAGGAUCUCGUCAUGUACAGGAAGAGCAAAGAUAAGGGUGUCGUGAUGGGAGCCCGGGGCUUGCUUAGUCUCUACAGAGAUCUUAACCCAGAGAUGCUGAAGCGGCGUGACCGCGGAAAGGAGGCAUCUAUGGGUCUACGGUCAGGAGACAAGAAGGAGAAGCGAUUUGGAGAGCAGGAGGCUGGCGGCAUCGAGGGUAUCGAGCUGCUGGAGAACUGGAAGGAGGCGGAGCGCAAGAAGAGACUGGCCGAGAAGGGCUUGCCCUCUGACGCGGAAGAAGAUGAGGAGGAGGAUGAAGCAGCGAAUUGGGCGGCUUGGAAUGUGGAAGAUGAUGACGAUAGCGAUGAUUCUGGCGGAUGGAUCAAUGUGCAGAGCGAAGACGAAAUUGAGCUGAGCGACUCGGAAGACGAGAAAGACGGCCCUCCUUCGAAGAAAGCCAAGCAGGGCGAAGAGAAGACGAAGUCCGACGCCACAGAGAACAAGCCCGAGCCAUCCAAACCAAGCAUCGCGACCACCCGCAUUCUUACGCCAGCCGAUCUUGCCAAACUCCAAGAGCUUCGUACCGAAGCGGCCGUCAACGACCUUGUCUCGGGUGGCAAGCCUCGUCGUGGACAGCAGGCGAACGCGGCCCGUCAUACAGACGACCCUCUGACCGCCGAAGAGAUCGAAGGAUUGGCUGCCUUGUCUGCCGGUAAACUCACUCGGGAGGAACGAAUUGCUCAUGCUAAGGAGGGCAAGACUGACCGCGCCGAACAUAAGAGCGUGACGGCGAAGCGCAAGGAGCGCAAGGAAUCGGAGGGCAAGAGUACUACGAACAAAGAAAAGGCACGCAAGAAGAACUUCCUGAUGACCUUGGGUAAGGCUAGAAGCAAGGGAAAGAGAAGUUUGGUGGAAACACGUAACGUGUUGAGAGCUCAUCAAGACCGACAGAAACGUGGUGGUCGCAGAGGAAACUUUGGGCAGUAGGUAGAGUUGGUCGUAUAUAGCUAGUCUAAAAAUGUGUUUUUGAUAU